AAACGUGGAGACCGCUUAGGUGCUGGGACCAUGAGCAACUGUCCCUGACGGGGAGCCCUCCCCCGAGUGGGCCGUCCGCUGGGGAGAAGCGUGCUGCACAUGCCCAUAGGAGACGGUGGUCCUGCUCUACUCUGGCUCACCAUGAGGGGUCUCCUCGGCUUGAGCCUGCUCCUGGCAGCCACCUCGAGCCAGAAGGUGUUCAGUGGAGACCAGGUUCUCCGCAUCAAGGCCAAGGACGAGAAGCAGCUCCAAUUACUCAGGAAUCUAGACAUUUCGGAAUAUCUGAAGAUUGAUUUUUGGCAUGCUCCAGCCAGGCCCAGCCUCCCUGUGGAUAUGAGAGUUCCUUUCUCUAACCUGAAAGCUGUCAAAAACUAUCUGAAUUCCAGGGGCAUCUCCUAUGCCAUCACGGUUGAAGAUAUCCAGGUACUGUUAGAUGAGGAACGAAAAGGUAUGAUGGCCUCCCGAAGACUGGAAAGGAGUACUAGUAGCUUCAGGUACAACUCUUACCACACUCUAGAGGAGAUCUACACCUGGAUGGACAAUUUUGUGGUUGAACAUUCAAACCUGGUCUCAAAACUUAUGAUUGGUCAGACCUUUGAAAAACGUCCCAUUUUUGUACUGAAGUUCAGCACUGGAAACAGGACCCGGCCUGCCAUCUGGAUUGACAGUGGUAUUCAUGCUCGGGAGUGGAUCACCCAAGCAACCGGAGUCUGGACAGCCAUGAAGAUCGCCACAGAUUAUGGGGAAGAUCCAGUGCUGACCAGGAUCUUGAAUCACAUGGACAUCUUUCUUGAAAUCGUGACCAAUCCUGAUGGGUUUGCCUACACCCACAGCAUGAAUCGUCUGUGGCGCAAGAACCGGGCUAUCAAUUCAAAUUCCUCUUGCAAGGGGGUAGAUCCCAACAGAAACUGGGAUUCUGGCUUUGGAGGUGUUGGUUCUAGCAACAACCCCUGCUCAGAGACUUACCACGGGCCCUUUCCUCACUCUGAGCCAGAGGUGGCCUCUGUCGCCAACUUCAUCCAGAAGCACAAGCAUUUCAAGGUCCUGAUCUCCAUCCACAGCUAUUCCCAGAUGCUUUUGUAUCCCUAUGGCUACAGGAAGGAACCUACUCCUGAUAAUGAGGAACUGCAUAAUCUCGCUCGCAAGGCAGUGGAAGCUCUCUCCCAGGUGCAUGGAACCGAGUAUGUCUAUGGGAGAACCAUCAGCACCAUCUAUGUGGCCAAUGGGAUCACUAUCGACUGGGCCUAUGAGCAUGACAUCAAGUAUUCCUUUUCCUUUGAGCUGCGGGACACUGGAAUUUAUGGCUUCUUACUGCCCGCCAGUCAGAUCAUCCCCACGGCUGAAGAGACGUGGCCAGCCAUCCUGACCAUUGUGAAGCAUGCCUAUGAUAACCCCUACUAGAAACUAUGUGCAGCCACAGCUUGAGGAAGAAGUUUCUUUCUGGGCCCAUCCCCAGAACCAGAGUUGUUCCUUUCCUUUGUUUCCACAUCUCUCCAACCCCUCCUUGUUCUUUCUCCUUCAAACAAUAAAAACAAGUU